UAAAAAUUAGCUUUAAACUAUGUAAAAUAAUUAUUUAAAGCACUUAAAUGAAUCAUCAAUUAUUUCUACCGUCGCACACAUCCAUUACAAUAUUAUUUUGAACAUAUAGAGCGAGAUUAUCAUCACUAAAAGUAGUGACUGCAGGCAUUACCAAAUAUGGAGUUUGCUCGUUUUCCCAACCGUCCUCCCUUCGAUCCUUAGUAGCUCUCCGUUUUAUUUUCUUUUAAACAAUUGUGUUAUAUUCAAAUGUUUUCAUUGCAUUUUCUAGUGAAAUAAUAAUAUUUUCUUCUAUAUAAUUAAACAUGUCGUUUAGGGUGGUGCGCAGUUCUAAAUUCCGCCACGUUUACGGGCAGGCCCUGAAACGUGAGCAAUGUUAUGAUAAUAUAAGAGUGUCAAAAAGUUCUUGGGACUCUACUUUCUGUGCGGUGAAUCCUAAGUUUCUGGCUAUAAUCGUCGAGUCCGCCGGCGGAGGCGCCUUCAUAGUACUGCCACACAAUAAGGUCGGGCGUAUACCGGCGGACCACCCACUAGUGGGCGGGCACAAGGGCCCCGUGCUCGACAUCGCGUGGUGCCCACACAACGACAAUGUCAUCGCCAGCGGGUCUGAAGAUUGCGUUGUUAAGGUGUGGCAGAUCCCGGACGGCGGGCUGUCGCGCACGCUGACGGAGCCCGUCGUGGACCUCGUGUUCCACCAGCGCCGCGUCGGACUCGUGCUGUGGCAUCCCACGGCGCAGAACGUACUGCUCACUGCGGGCUCCGACAACCAGAUAGCGAUAUGGAACGUGGGCACGGGCGAGGUGCUACUGACGCUGGACUGUCACCCAGACCUCAUCUACUCCGCAUGCUGGAACUGGACCGGAUCCAAACUGCUCACCACCUGCCGCGACAAGAAAAUCAGGAUAAUCGACCCCCGUAAAGGCGAGGUGGAGUCGGAGGCGAUAGCUCACGAGGGCAGCAAGGCAUCGCGCGCUAUCUUCCUCAAACAUGGACUCGUAUUCACCACUGGGUUCAGCCGAAUGUCUGAGCGCCAGUACUCGCUGCGCACGCCGGACGCGCUGGGCGAGCCCAUCGUCACCGUGGAGAUCGACACCUCCAACGGAGUCAUGUUCCCGCUCUACGACCCCGACACCAACCUCAUCUACCUCUGCGGGAAGGGGGACUCGGUCAUACGGUACUUCGAGGUGACGCCAGAGCCGCCAUUCGUCCACUACAUCAACACCUUCCAGACUCCAGACCCGCAAAGAGGCAUCGGCAUGAUGCCGAAGCGAGGAUGCGACGUGGCGACGUGUGAGAUCGCCAAGUUCUACAGGCUUAACAACUCGGGACUCUGUCAGGUGGUAUCAAUGACCGUGCCUCGCAAGUCGGAGUUGUUCCAAGAGGACCUGUACCCGGACACCCUGAGUGACGAGGCCAGUCUCACCGCCGACGAGUGGCUCGCCGGGGAGGAUGCGGAGCCAUGCACCAUGUCGCUGAAGGAGCGUGCGUUGGUUGUACAGGGAGGCUACGUGGCCGGGCGCUCCGCCCCCCAGCUCACCGUCACCAAGAAGGCCAACGCCCUCGCCGGCGCCAAGGAGAGGGACAAGGACAAGGACCGCUCCCCCACUCCCGCCACUAAGAGGGACGACUCUCACGCUGGUACUCCCGCGUCUGCUACGCCACCGCCUGCUAUUAACGCUGCUGUGGAGAAACAACUAUCAGAUCUCGUCGACGAGAUUCGUAAGCUGAAAUCCGUGAUUGUAAAGCAAGAGAACAGGAUCCGAGCCCUAGAGGCGACAGUGAAGGCGGCGCCGCCCCCGGCCGCCGCGCCCUCGCCGCAGCCCCCGGCCGCCGCCACGGAGACACACAACCACGAGGACGACGCCAUGGCACCUGACGAGGUCUGAACGCACACCCAUCCUUGUGCACAACUUGUGUUCUUUAAUCUGGUAGACCGAAGAACUACGUAUUUUACCAUAAAGCAAGGGAAAUUUUAAGCCAAAAAGUGAUUAUCAUCAUAUCAAAGGGAAAUUUAGAAGAAAAUGUGAACAUCGUCAUCAUCUUAUCAGCCACAACACGUCUGCUACUGAACAUAGGCUGACUUUCAGAUUGGCCGGUUGCAAGCGACCUUAACCCUAAAUGCUGUUAAUAAAUAAAGGGAAUUUUAUAUGACAUUCUAACAAUAUGUUACGGUCUAUUUUAGAAUGCAGUAGUAAUCAAUUUUAUGAUCGAUUUUGACAACUGUAAUGUGAUCUUUUUAUACCUUUUCUAUCUUUUUUCUUGUUUCACAAAAACUGCUAGAUUAAAAACACAAUGUUGAGAACAGUCGAUAUGAAUUUUUAAUCUGUUACCACAGAUUAUUGUCUGUUUUCUGAGUAGUUGGACAGUUUAGAAUUUAUAUCGACGUUUCAAAUGAAAUAAUGAAAAGUCACUACAUUUUUUUAAUUGACAAUAACUAUAAUAUUAUUAGGAGCUUAGCUAAGAGUAUACGAAAAAUGUUUUGAGGUUUCAUUAUUUAAAAUAAGAAGUACACUGGCGUGCUGAAAUGGUGUACCUGUAUUUAAGGUUGAAUUUUGUCUGAUAUUUGAGGCGUCUUAAAAGAGAUCACGAUCGAAAGGUUGUUAUUCUUUGUAAGACCUGAGAAGACUAGUGUUUCAAUUCGCCAGUGCGCUUCAAAACUAUUUAUUCAUAAAUAAAUAAAUAAUUUUGUAAAUAGUAAGUAUAGUGAAGUGAUAAAAACGCGGAUUAAAAUUAUGUGCCUUAACUCAUUUAUAUGUAAUAACGUCACAAGUCAUUUUUAUAUGCUAUUGAACCGGUGGUGUAUAUUUUUGCGAGCUCUCGACUUGUAGUAUGAUAGCCUUUUCUUUUACCCGACUGUAAUGCAAAGGAGGGGUAUGAGUUUAUGUAGACUUAGUCUAUUAGCUGAAGCAAUAAUCGAUUAACUCAUAUAUCACUUAGUUCGUAUUUUAGGACCAAGUAUGUCUACUAGUAAAAAAUCUUAUAAAUUUUUCAGUUCAGUAUGUAAACGAAGCUUACAUUUUGAUAUUCAAAAAUGAUCCUUAAAGACUUUCACAUCCUUGUUCUAAAAUUAACUUUUGUCUGGCUAUCUUAAAGCAUGUUUUAAAAUGGAUUUCAUCACUUAAAUAUUUAAAGUAUCUUUAUAAAUAAAUGGUAUAUAACUGUUUUAAAAUAUUAUAGUAGGAACAAAUCAAUUUUAUAGUUUUUAAUAGGCACGAGCGUCGCUGGUAGUAAUAAGCUAAUUCUAUUUAUUUUUUACAUGUUUUUUGAAUAUGUAAACAGAUACAUUUUUUUUUUGAGGGAGUAAUUCAUUCAA